AUGGUGAAGAGCCUCAACAAAAUCUGUCCAAAUGGGGUGAGUAACAGCUCCGCAAAUGAAGUUCAAUCCGGCUGCUACGACAACGGGCAGCACUACCAGCUCCACCAGCAGUGGGAGCGCAUCUACCUGGGCAACACCCUCGUCUGUACCUGCUACGGCGGCAGCCGCGGCUUCAACUGCGAGAGCAAGCCCGAGCCGGAAGAAACCUGCUUUGACAAAUACACUGGAUCUUCUUACCGAGUUGGGGAAACAUACGAACGUCCCAAGGACUCCAUGAUCUGGGACUGCACGUGCAUCGGAGCUGGCCGCGGAAGAAUCAGCUGCACGAUCGCAAAUCGCUGUCAUGAGGGGGGUCAGUCCUACAAGAUCGGCGACACCUGGCGCAGGCCUCACGAGACGGGCGGCUACAUGCUGGAGUGUGUGUGCCUCGGGAACGGGAAAGGCGAAUGGACUUGCAAGCCCGUGGCGGAGCGGUGCUAUGACAAUUCUGCUGGGACCUCCUAUGUUGUCGGCGAGAUCUGGGAGAAGCCCUACCAAGGCUGGAUGAUGGUGGACUGCACUUGCCUGGGAGAAGGCAGCGGGCGCAUCACCUGCACUUCCCGGAACAGGUGCAAUGACCAGGACACCAGGACGUCCUACAGAAUCGGAGACACUUGGAGCAAGAAAGAUAACAGAGGAAACCUCCUGCAGUGCAUUUGCACAGGGAACGGCAGAGGGGAGUGGAAAUGCGAGAGACACGCCUCCCUGCAAGCCACGGGAAUCGGAACUGGAUCAACCACCUUCACCGACGUGCAGACUGCCCUUUACCAGCCUCAGCCCCAGCCCGCCCCGUACGGGCACUGCGUCACCGACAACGGCAUGGUGUAUUCCGUGGGCAUGCAGUGGCUCAAGACGCAGGGCAGCCAGCACAUGCUUUGCACGUGUCUGGGCAACGGCGUCAGUUGCCAGGAAACAGCUGUGACCCAGACCUACGGUGGGAACUCCAACGGGGAGCCUUGCGUGUUCCCGUUCACCUACAACGGGCGGACUUUCUACUCGUGCACUUCGGAAGGCCGCACGGACGGGACGCUCUGGUGCAGCACCACCUCCGACUUUGACCAGGAAAAGAGAUACUCUUUCUGUACAGAACAAAAUGUCCUGGUCCAGACCCGCGGUGGCAACUCCAACGGCGCCCUCUGCCACUUCCCCUUCAUCUACAACAACCGGAAUUACACGGACUGCACCUCCGAGGGGCGGCGAGACAACAUGAAGUGGUGUGGCACCACCCCAAACUAUGACGCGGACCAGAAGUUUGGCUUCUGUCCCAUGGCGGCGCACGAGGAGAUCUGCACCACCAACGACGGGGUCAUGUAUCGCGUGGGAGACCAGUGGGACAAGCAGCACGACAUGGGCCACAUGAUGCGAUGCACCUGCGUGGGGAACGGGCGCGGCGAGUGGACCUGCAUCGCCUACUCCCAGCUCAGAGACCAGUGCAUCGUCGACGGGAUCACGUACGACGUCAACCAGACCUUCCACAAACGCCACGAAGAAGGGCACAUGCUGAACUGCACCUGCUUUGGUCAAGGGCGGGGCCGAUGGAAAUGCGACCCCAUUGACCAGUGUCAAGAUUCGGAGAGCCAGACCUUCUACCAGAUUGGAGACUCGUGGGAGAAACACGUCCACGGCGUCCGGUACCAGUGCUAUUGCUACGGGCGGGGCAUUGGGGAGUGGCACUGCCAGCCUCUGAGCACCUACUCAGGUUCCACUGGUCCCGUCCAGGUGAUCAUCACAGAUGUCCCGAUUCAUCCGGAUUCUCACCCUGUCCAGUGGGUUGCCCCCGAAUCCUCCCAUAUCUCCAAGUACAUCCUCCGAUGGAAACCAAAGAACACUGGAGCGAGAUGGAAAGAGGUCACCAUUCCAGGUUACUUGAAUUCCUACACGAUCUCUGGCCUGAAACCUGGAGUCCUCUACGAGGGGCAGCUGAUCUGUGUGCAGCAUUAUGGACAGAGAGAAGUCACCCGCUUCGAAUUCACCACCUCGAGUACCACGGCUGUUUCAACCAGCCACGUGUCUGGAGAAACCACAGCGCUUCCUUCCGUGGUGACGACCUCGGAGUCGGUCACUGAAAUCACAGCCAACAGCUUCGUGGUCUCCUGGGUUUCUGCUUCAGACACAGUCUCAGGAUUCCGUGUCGAGUAUGAAUUGAGUGAAGAGGGGGAUGAACCCCAGUAUCUGGACCUUCCAAAUACAGCCACGUCGGUCAACAUCCCCAACUUGCUUCCGGGCCGCAGAUACAUCGUGAACGUCUAUCAGAUUUCGGAAGAGGGGGAGCAGAACCUGAUCCUGUCCACUUCACAGACGACAGCACCUGACGCUCCUCCGGAACACAUCGUGGAAAGUGUGGAUGACACGUCCAUCAUCGUGAGAUGGAGCCGGCCGGAGGCGCCCAUCACAGGUUACCGCAUCGUCUACACGCCGUCCGUGGAGGGCAGCAGCACGGAACUGAACCUGCCCGAGUCGGCCACCUCUGUAACGCUCAGCGACUUGAUGCCCGGGGUGCAGUACAACAUCACCAUCUACGCUGUGGAGGAGAGCCAGGAGAGCAGCCCCGUCUUCAUCCAGCAGAAGACCACCGGCGUCCCACAGGAAGGUGAGAUUCCUGCCCCGAAAGAUCUGCAGUUUGUGGAUGUCACAGACGUCAAAAUCACCAUCAUGUGGAAUCCCCCGGAGAGCACCGUCUCUGGCUACCGAGUGGAAGUGAUCCCCGUCAACCGCCCGGGCGAACACGGGCAGAAGUUGCCCGUGACCAGGUACUCCUUCGCAGAGGUCACUGAGCUGUUACCUGGGACGACCUACCUCUUCAAGAUCUACGCCCUGGCACAAGGCAGAGAAAGCAAACCUCUCACUGGACAGCAAGUGACCAGACUCGAUGGCCCAACCAACUUGCGGUUUGUCAACGAGACCGAUUCCACCGUGCUGGUGACGUGGAGGCCCCCCCAGGCCCACAUCACAGGCUACGUGCUGACGGUGGGGCUCACGAGAGGCGGGCAGCCCAAAAAGCACACUCUGGGGCCCUCGGCCCCCAGGUACCUGCUGAGGAACUUGCAGCCCGGCUCCGAGUACACCGUGUCCCUGGUGGCCGUCAAGGGCAACCAGCAGAGCAGCCCCGAAACGGGGGUCUUCUCAACCCUGCAGCGCCUGGGCUCCCUUCCCCCCUAUAACACGGAAGUGACGGAGACCUCAAUCGUUGUCACCUGGACUCCUGCGCCCAGGAUUGGCUUCAAGCUGGGUGUGCGACCAAGCCAAGGCGGAGAAGCACCGAGGGAGGUCAUCUCCGAGUCGGGGAGCAUUGUCAUCUCUGGCCUGACGCCUGGCAUGGAAUACGUCUACAGCAUCACUCUCCUCACGGACGGCCAAGAGAGGGACGCACCAAUCAUCAAGACCAUCGUCACCCCUGUCUCACCCCCCUCCGGCCUGCGCCUGGAGUCUAACCCAGACACUGGGAUCCUCACUGUCUCUUGGGAAAGAAGUACAACUCCAGAUAUCACUGCGUACAGGAUAACUACCGUCCCUACAAACGGACAGCAGGGUUACACCCUGGAGGAACUGGUCCACGCAGAGCAGACUUCCUGCAUCUUUGAAAACUUGAGCCCCGGUGUGGAGUACAACGUCAGCGUUUACACUGUCAAAGACGAUCAGGAGAGCGUGCCCAUCUUCGAAACCAUCACGCAAGAGGUGCCCCAGCUCACUGACUUGGGCUUUGUUGACAUAACUGACACCAGCAUCGGCCUGCGGUGGACCCCUCUAAACGCCUCCUCCAUUAUCGGCUACCGCAUCACCGUAGUGGUGGCCGGAGAGAGUGUCCCCAUUUUUGAAGAUUUUGUGGACUCCUCGGUAGGAUACUACACGGUCACCGGCCUGGAGCCCGGCAUUGACUAUGAGAUCAGCGUCAUCACCCUCAUUAGUGGCGGAGAGAGCGCCCCUGCCACGCUGACGCAGCAAACGGCUGUCCCUCCUCCCACCGAUCUCCGUUUCACCAACGUGCGACCCGAUACAAUGAGAGUGACUUGGACUCCCGCAGCGUCCAUUGAACUGACCAGCUUCCUCGUGCGUUACUCACCCGUGAAGAAUGAGGAGGACGUUGCAGAACUGAGCAUCUCGCCUUCAGACAAUGCCGUGGUUUUGACAAACCUCCUGCCAGGCACGGUGUACUUAAUCCGGGUCUACAGUGUCUACGAACAACAUGAGAGUAAACCUCUGAGUGGAGAGCAGAGAACAGGGCUCGAUUCCCCGACUGGGCUUGACUUUUCCGAAAUAACGGCCCAUUCCUUCACGGUCCACUGGAUUGCUCCCCGCGCUGCCAUCACUGGCUACAAAAUACGGCAUUCCCUCGAGCAAGGCGGAAGCCGGCCCAAAGAAGUCCGCAUUGCCCCGUCUCGUAACUCCAUCACUCUUACGGACCUGAUUCCGGGGUCCGAGUACGUGGUUAGCAUUUCCGCAUUCAACGGCAAAGAAGAAAGCGCGCCCCUGACUGGACAGCAAAGUACAGUCUCUGACGUCCCAGGAGACCUGCAGGUCACUUCCGCCAGCCCGACCAGCCUGGUCAUCUCCUGGGAUGCUCCGGCUGUGACCGUUCGAUACUACAGGAUAACGUACGGAGAGACAGGAGGCAGCGGCCCUGUCCAGGAGUUCACGGUGCCCGGCCACCUGUCCACGGCGACCAUCCCCGGCCUGAAGCCCGGAGCGGAGUACACCAUCACGGUCUACGCCGUCACCGGCCGUGGAGACAGCCCGGCCAGCAGCAAGCCAGUCACCGUCAGCUACAAGAUGGAGAUCGGCACCCCGUCCCAGCUGCAGGUGGUCGAGGUCCAGGACAGCAGCCUCACCGUCCGGUGGCAGCCCCCCUCCUCCCCCGUCUCCGGCUACCGAGUCACUGCGGCCCCCAAGAACGGCCACGGCCCCACGAAAACCAAAGUCCUCUCUGCAGAUCUCACCGAAGUCACCAUUGAAGGGCUGCAGCCCACCGUUGAGUACGUGGUGAGCGUCUACGCCCAGGGUCAAGACGGAGAAAGCCAGCCGCUGGUGGAGACGGCCGUGACAAACAUUGAUCGGCCUAGAGGAUUGACAUUCACCGAUGUGGAUGUUGAUUCCAUCAAAAUUGCUUGGGAAAGCCCACAGGGGCAAGUCAGCAGGUACAGGGUGACCUACUCUACCCCGGAGGACGGAACCCUCGAGCUCUUCCCGGCCCCAGACGGUGAAGACGACACCGCGGAGCUGCGUGGCCUCCGGCCCGGCUCCGAGUACACGGUCCGCAUCGUGGCCUUGCAUGACGCGCUGGAGAGCCCGCCCCUGGUCGGAACCCAGUCCACAGCCAUCCCGCCUCCAACGAAUCUGAAGUUCAUUCAGGUCACUCCAACCAGCCUGACGGUGACCUGGGUGGCGCCAAACGUCCGGCUGACCGGAUACCGGCUCCGAGUGAAUCCCCAGGAGAAGAACGGGCCCAUGAAGGAAAUCCACCUCUCUCCAGACAGCACCUCUGCCGUCGUCUCCGGACUCAUGAUGGCGACCAAAUACGAAGUCAACGUCUAUGCCCUGAAAGACUCUCUGACCAGCAGACCUGUCCAGGGGGUCGUCACUACCCUAGAGAACGUCAGUCCUCCUCGCAGGCCACGGGUGACCGACGUCACCGAGAGAACCGUCACCAUCACGUGGCGCACCAAGACCGAGACCAUCACUGGCUUUCAGAUCGACGCCAUCCCCGCAAGCGGCCAGAACCCCGUCCAGAGGACCAUUAGCCCUGACGUCAGGAGCUACACCAUCACUGGCUUGCAGCCAGGCACGGACUACAAGAUCUACAUCUACGCCUUGAACGACAACGCUCGCAGCUCCCCGGCGGUGGUGGAUGCUUCCACUGCCAUUGAUGCGCCGUCCAACUUGCGCUUCCUGACGACCACCAGCAACUCCCUGCUGCUCACUUGGCAGGCCCCCCGGGCCAAGAUCACGGGGUACAUCAUCCGAUACGAGGCCCCCGGCGGGCAACCCAGGGAGCUGCUCCCCCGCCCCCGCCCCGGCACCACGGAGGCCACAAUCACGGGUCUGGAGCCAGGGACGGAGUACACCAUCUACAUAAUCGCGGUGAAGAACAGUCAGAAGAGCGAACCCUUGAUUGGCAGGACGACGACAGAUGUGCUUCCCCACCUGGUCACACACCCGCACCCCGGGCAGACUGGACCGGAGAUCCUGGACGUGCCGUCGGUUGUAGAGAACACGCCUUACCUCACGGACUCCUAUGACAAUGGCAAUGGUAUCCAACUUCCAGGCACUUCUGGCCAGCAGCCGAUCCUGAGCAACCAAGGCCAGCAGGUCUUUGUGGAAGUGUACGGGUCUCGGACCCCCGCAAAGACGACCGUGGCGACUCCCAUCAGGCAUCGGCCGAGACCGGAUGUGGAUGAAGAGCCGGGCCUGGUGAGCCGGCACCCGAUACGUAUCCCGGACCUGGACGAGCCUUCUUACCCUCACAGCCUGGGGCCCAGGAACAACCACACCCGGCUCCAGGAGGCUCUUUCCCAGACAACCAUCGCGUGGAAACCCUUGCUGGAGAGCUCUGAGUAUGUCAUCUCCUGCCACCCUCUCGGAGCCGAAGAGGAGCCUUCAGAGUUCAAAGUCCCCGGCACUUCCUCCAGCGCAACCCUCACCGGUCUGACUCGGGGCGCCACCUACAACAUCAUCGUGGAGGCCGUCAAGAACCAGCGGCGGCACAGAGUCCUCGAGGAGAAGGUCACCGUGGGCAACGCCAUUACUGACCGACUGAACCAGCCCUCCGAGGACACCUGCUACGACACGUACACGGGCUCCUUCUACUCCAUCGGGGAGGAGUGGGAGAGGCUGUCUGAGUCGGGGUUCAAGCUCUGGUGCCAGUGCUUGGGCCUGGGCAGCGGGCACUUCCGGUGCGACUCGUCCAAGUGGUGUCAUGACAACGGCGUCAACUACAAGAUUGGGGAGAAAUGGGACCGGCAGGGGGAGAGCGGGCAGAUGAUGAGCUGCACCUGCCUGGGGAACGGGAAAGGGGAGUUCAAGUGUGAGCCACAUGAGGCCACUUGCUACGAUGACGGCAAGAUGUACCAGGUGGGCGAGCAGUGGCAGAAGGAGUACUUGGGGGCCAUCUGCUCCUGCACUUGCUACGGAGGGCAGCAGGGCUGGCGGUGUGACAACUGUCGCAGACCCGGGGCUGCGAGUUCUCCUGAAGGCUCUCCUGGCCACACCUAUUCCCAGUACUCACAGAGACAGCAUCAGACCACGACGACUCAGAACGUCCACUGCCCGAUCGAGUGCUUCUACCCUCUCCAUCUACAAUCAGACGCGCAGAGCCGACGUGGAGAUUAACCCGCCACCGAAUGUCACGAAUCCCAGGCAGAGCGGCUUGCCCGGACCACCUGCUGUAGAAUCUGACUAGGCAAAAGCAGGUCUGUCUGCUGGUGGGCGGAGGCCCCGCCCUCGCUUGGCUCAGCGCACGGCUUCUUCCUCCGGGCCGGGCACGCCGGGACUUCCUCCCCCACGGAUACGGCCGGCUUCUCUUUCUGCUCAGUGUCUCCAGUCCCAGUCAGUAUUUCUGCUCUUCCCCGCCCCCCCCCCCAGGAGAACUACACGGGAUCCGUCCGGGACAGAGGUGUGUGUGGGGGGAGCCGCCCUGCCCUAGAAGGAAAUGAAGGAAAGGCCAGAGUCCUUGCUUCCCUCUCCCCCGCCCCCUGCACCUCUCAUGCCCCGUCACUGUGACGCCGCCGGAAGCAGGCCCCAGCAGCCGCCCCCUCUUCCGUCCCUUAGCGCCACGUCAGCGUUGGUGGCUGUUAUUUAUCAAAUGGGUCUUCCCCUCCCCCCACCCCAAGUGUGUUUCUGUGGGAAGAUAUAUUGGAGACACGUAGAACACAGUUGACAGAGGAAGUUGGUGUAAUUAUGAUCAGUAAUUAUUUUUAUACUGUUACGUGCCAAAGCUUUACUACUGUGGGA